GAUAACCCAGCCCGCUUCGGUCAAAAAGGCCCCCGAACCCGAAGCCGUCCUCCUCCGUCGAAGUCAGCCAUGGCGCCGCCGCAGCACGACCCCCGCCGCCCCUACAAGCGCCCGGCCAUCUCCGACCAGCAGCGCCGCCGCGACUCCGCACUCCAGACCCAGUCCGCCCGCCGCGCCGACGCCCAGGCGCGCGCGCGCAGCCUCGCCAACUCCCUGCUCUCUCCCCAACCCUCCCCCCCCGCCGCCGCCGACCAGCCCCCGCCCUCCCUCGAGGCCCGCGACGAACGCGGCCAUGAUCCCACCGUCGCCGACGUCGCGUCGGCCGCAGCCAAGCUCCGGGGCCCCGACCAGCGCCGCUGGUUCGCCCGCCAGAUCAUGCUCCCCGAGUGGAUGGUCGACGCCCCUCCCCACCUCGCCCGCGACUGGCAUGUUUCUGCCAGACCUGCUGGCAAACGAUGCAUGGUCGUGUCGUCGAACGGCAUCACGAUUAGCAGGCUCCGUAACGGAACGAUUCUUCACCGGUUCCCCUCCGCCUUGCCCAACGGGUCAAAGAAAGGGCUCUCUGGCCCUGCAAGCUCCUACUCUAUCCUCGACUGCAUAUUCCAUGAGCCUGAUGAGACGUACUACAUCGUUGAUAUGAUUUGUUGGCGAGGCUAUUCGCUGUAUGACUGCACUGCCGAGUUCAGAUUUUUCUGGGUGAACUCCAAGCUUACGGAGACUUCUGCUGGUGAUCCUCCAUCGGCAUACCAUCGGUAUAGAUUCAGUGUUGUCCCUAUGUAUGAGUCCACGCUUGAUGGCCUUCAAACAGCAUAUUCGGGAAGCACACCUUAUGUUAAAGAUGGCUUGCUGUUCUAUAACAGGCAUGCACAUUAUCAAGCUGGAAUCACACCCCUUACAUUAGUAUGGAAAGACAAUACCUGCAGCCAAUACCUUCUUGAUACAGAUAGCGAGGGACAAGUUCCAACUGAGCAACAUGUUGUGUUGGAGCUGCAAGAGGAUGGAAAGCUAGUUACUUCUGAUGAUCCUCCAAUUGCAUUUGGUAGCUUGGACAACGAAUUUAUCCAGAAGUCAAACCUGCGGCCAGGGAACCUUCUUCGCUUCAGUGUAAGAGAUGAAAGUGUGAAACUUGUGGAUGGAAAGAUGGAGAUUGGUGAGCUGCAACUUGCCGGAAAGUUGAACCGCUCUCGUACUUUUGCUGACAGCCACUCCAAAGUUUUGUUCCAGUAUGCUGCCAGGCAUGCUCCUCUGAGAAUUGAGGAUCUGGUAGCUUCUGUUCAAUCAAACAGUAUGGAGAUUGAAUCCACAGAUAUUGAAAUGCAAGGUUGAGUCAUUCAAGGCUGAGGAAAUACAUGUGCCAAUUUUUGCGUUUGACUGGAUACCAUGUUAUGUUGAAGUAGAUGCAAAACGAGAACAAGGAAACCUGCUGAUAGCGAGUCAUGGUUUUACACAAGGGCUUGAGACAAUUGUACCGACUCUUGUGGUUGCAACUUAAUGAGUUGCAACUGCUCUAGUGUACACGGUAAAAAAAAGAGAGCUUUGAGAUCAGAUGGUUUCCCUUUAUAAAUGAUACUCUUGUGCACAUAUGGCAGGGGUGAGCUCUCUGUGGCAUUCAGGUGGCGAUUUGAGCAAACGACGUGAUGGUCUGGAAGCCGUGAUCCUCAGGAAGCGGCGCGUUUCCAGGCCUGAUCGAUAUUAGCACCUCAAGACCUGCAAAACCAGUAGAUGAAUGAAGCCACCUGUGAGUAUGUGAAAGACAAGCACUAUGGAUCUACGAACGCAGCUUAUUUUAUGAAGCGCUGCUUGUUUAUCCCGAGUCUCAAACAUAUAUUACUGGCUGCUUUUGAUAGCGUGAGUGUGGAGGUUUUUUGAACGAAAUGCCGUGUUCUAUUCAGUUAUAUAUAAAAUGCUGUUUGAGAA